AUGAGGCUCCAGCUGGAGAAGCAGCUCCUCUUCCUCUCCCUCCUCUGCAUCCUCUCCAAGGUGUGUGCCCAGCUGUGCCGGAGACCAUGCUACUGCCCCUGGGUGCCACCCCACUGUCCCCGUGGGUCCCCCCUGGUCCUGGAUGGCUGCGGCUGCUGUAAGAUCUGUGCCCGGCGCCUGGGCGAGCCCUGCGACUUCCUCCACAUCUGCGACCAGAGCCAGGGCCUCAUCUGCGACUACAGCGCGGCGGGGACAGGAGCCACCUGCAACUUUGAAGAUGGCGAGGAGGGCUGCGAGGUGAACGGCCAAGUCUAUCGAGAUGGGGAGGUUUUCCAGCCCAGCUGCAAACUCCAGUGCCGCUGCCUGGAUGGGGGCUUCACCUGCGUCCCGCUCUGCCAGGAGGAUGUCCGGCUGCCCACCCCAGACUGCCCCUACCCACGGCGCGUGGAGGUCCCGGGGAAGUGCUGCCCAGAGUGGAUCUGUGAAGCCCGGGACCGGCACCUCCUCCGGGAUGCUGGGGCAGCCCCCAGGGCAGCAUCCCCACUGCUGCCAUACCCCUGCCAGGAGUGGGGCACGGAGUGGAGCGCCUGCUCGGCCACCUGUGGCAUGGGCUUUUCUACCCGCGUCUCCAACCAGAACCGGUACUGCAGGCUGGAGACUCAGAGGCGGCUCUGCAUGGCCAGACCCUGCCCAGCUCUGUCGGCAGCAUCCCCGGUGAGGGGAAGAGGAGGUCGUUUGUAGCCAUGCCCACCUGGUCGCAUUGCGGAGCAAACGCUUCGUCCCGGCAAAGAGUCUGGCACAAGCCCACGGCACUGAGGUUUCGGUGGAGACAGAGGA